UUUUUUUUUAAUUUUUUUUUGUGGCUACAUUUUUUUAUUGGAUUUGUUGUUAAAAAUAUGGGAAAAGUCAGAAAUAAAUUUUAUAUGAAAAAAGGGUGAAGUGAAAAUAGAAAAUAAUAAAUAAUUCGCGGCGAUAACAUCGAUAGAAUAAAUAUUUUGAGUAAAGGGUUAAGGAAAUCGAGAAUUAUGGAAUGCGUCUGAAAAAAAUGCGGUGAAUGACAACACUCAAUCACCCAUUCCGUAAUCAAGUACAAUUUUCUAGUGUCCUAUAAUCACAAUCGCGGCAAAUUUCCAAACGUCUGCCUUUAUUAUGAGAAGGCUGACUGUAAAAGGGAGAAUAAAUUAUCUUUUCAGUCAAUAUUAAAUUUUUCAAAAGAGAAUUGUCGAUUGACAGUAAAGUGCUCUUUUUCCAAAAUUUUUGUUCUUGUGAAAAGUUACACGAAUUGCAAUUUAAGUGGGACCAUUCUAAGGAAAAAGUAGAUAAUAAAAUUAAAAUGCAGCAUGAUUUUACCAUUUUUCCGGGUCAAGGUCCCCCAAUUCCUUUAUCAUUUAACACCUUUUAAUUUCUUUUCUUUAAAGUAAAAUUCAUCAACCCGUUGCAUAUGUCUGGCAACGCUUCUUCCUCCUCCACAUCUUCAACUCUUUUGCGGUCGAUUACCCCGCCCAUUGGUAAGCAAAAUGAAGGGAAGGAAGAAAAAGACGCAGCACCCCAACAAAUCUUCACCACUCCUUCGAAUACAACAAACCAACAACAAUCUAACGACCAAACCACAUUAUUACCUUCUGUUGCAGUUAAACGACGACCUGCUGUGCCACCAAAACCACAACUUGAUAUUGUUCGUUUCAGUAUGGCACAGGCGAAAGAUGAAGUUGACUUGGACACAAUCUUAACUGAAUUGCUUGAACUUGAAGAACAACUAAGUGGUGAGGCGGGUGAUAGGCUUGUUCUAGGUCUUCCAACAUUACCAUCAUCUAAACCAAAACUACCACCAUCGUCAAAAGAUACACAACCAACAACGAAAUUGCCAUCUCCACAGAUGGUCAAUCAAGAACAACAACAACAGCAUGUUCAAUUUCAAUAUAUCAAUGGAAAUUCUAAUGUAAACGGAAAAUCCUCUUCUAACGACAACAGAUUUAUUUCUUCGAAUAAUUCUCACUUCCAUCAUACUAAAACAAAUGGAUUAGAUUUUAAUGAUUGUUUCAAUCCGGCUGAUACUGAUUCAGCAUUUGGAGAUUCUUCUUCAACAGAAUCUACAUCGCACAUGCCUGCUGGUGGAAAUGCUUUAUUAUUGCCUAAAAACGUGGCUAAUUGUAAUUCAGAAUUUUCUAGUGCUGAUAGUUUUCUUGGUUCUACACCAUCACCUACUAGACAGAUUAUUUUGAAUAAUAUCCAACAAAAUGUUGGCACGCGAUUAUUAUCUUAUCCAACUUCAUCGUCAUUUCUGGGAGGAUCAAGGCCACCAUCUUCAGCUGGUUCGUACAAUUCUGCCAUUACAAUCUCGAAAGAUGAAAACAAAAAAGCUAAAAUACGUGAAGCAUUGGAAAAAAUGAAAGAGGCUAAAAUGAAAAAGAUUUUUGUUAAAAUAUUCUUAGAAGAUGGAACUCAACGAGGAAUUUUAAUCGAUGAACGUUGGACUGUUGCUGAAACAAUGAAACAAUUGGCUAUUAAAAUUAAUUGUGUGUUAACUCCUGAACACGCAAUUGUUGAAGAAUAUCCAAAAUUAUUAAUUAAACGUAUUUAUGAGGAUAAUGAAUUCACUGUGGAAAAUUUGGAAGAAUGGGGUGAGAAUUCGCCUAAUGAACUUCAUUUUAUUCGUUUACCUUAUAAAUGGUCAAUUUUUCAUUCUCCUCAACAAUUUCUUUUGACUGAUCGAAAUCGCAACGAUUUUCCUUGUGCCAAUAGUGUUGCUAAUUGGGAUUCAUUACAGAAGCAACGUUUGUUGGAAAGUUAUAUGGGAGAUGAGAAUGGUGGUUCUGGUGGCAGAGUUCCAGAAUUGGAGGGAUGGCUUUUACUUAAAAUGGAUGGAAAAAAGUCGUGGAGAAGACAUUUUUUUGUUCUUAGAGCUUCUGGUCUAUAUUAUGUCUCAAAGCCUGGAAAGACACGUGGUCCAACGCGCGAUCUACAAUGUCUUAUGAGUGUUUUUAAUAAUCAAGUAUAUAUUUGUACUGAUUGGCGUAAGAAAUACAAGGCACCAACCGAGUGGGGAUUUGCAAUAAAACAUCCGCGUGUUCAAUUAAAAACCAGUAAAUUUGUUAAAUAUAUUUGUGCUGAAGAUCAACAUACUUUUAAUCAGUGGAUUAAUGCUCUUCGUAUUAUCAAGAACGGCUUUUCUACUCUAUAUAAAGCAUUUUGCACUGCCCAUGCUUCUUGCGAGCCUAUUGACUCUUGCUCUGUUCAUGUUGAAAUUCCUAAAGUUCCAUCAAAACAUUUAUUUGGGUCACCUGUUGGAAUUCAUUCGCCUUAUAGAAGGCCUCCAAACAUUUCUGCUUCUCCUUGUUCAACACCAGGAUUUGUUGUUGCUGCUCUUGGUACGUCUCAUUCUUCGCGGACAAGUUGUGAUACCCGUUUUGGUUCGCCAACAAUUCAAUGUGGCAGACUUGCUUUUGAACAGGAUUUUUGCAAUACUAUUAAACGCCAACCAAAUCCAUCAAAUUCUGGAAUAUCUCAACAACAUCAACAACAAAAUAGUAAUUUUGCUCUUUCUCCCUUCGCUGAAAAUUCUUUUGAAUCAACAAAAAUACUUUCGAAUAGAUUAGAAGAAAACGAUUCGGAUGAGGCAGACGAAGAAUUUUUUCCCCUCCCGCCACUACCUUCUUCACUUCCAACGUCUCCUAUUCGAAUUCUAAAACAACUUCCCCCACCACCACCUCCAAAAAGAACUACACCAAUAAAACCAUCCUUACCAAUGGAUUCUAUGGCCGAAUUAACACUAGCAAUAAACAGGCAAAAGAUAAGGAUUGAAAAUAGAAUUUCUAAUAAUAAUUAG